GCCUGGCAACGGAACUGCCGUCCCGUGGGGUCGGUUGGCCUGACCCGAGGGGAUGAAGACGAUGGCCAUAGCUUGUGCUAAUGCUGCUGUGGCCAUAGCGACGAGCAAGCGGGCGCGAAUUCCGGCAGCGACCGGUAGCAAACGACUGAGGAAUAGGGUAGGAGCGACCGCAGCCGUGGGAAAGAGAUCACGUGGUCGUUCGUCUUCUCCAUCUCCUGUUGUCCCUUCUACCCUGGUUGGUCGUCUUCAUCCUGAUCGCCUCGCUUCCGCCAUAUCCGCUGCUUCUGGUUCCCCUUCUCUCGGCUAUGGCCGCCUCCCUUCCUCGUUGACUGAUAGGAGAAAGACUGCCGCGCCGGCACUCCAAUUAUUGGCGCCGUCAACAGUCUCGCCCUCGUCGUUGUUGUUGGGAGUUUCUGGUGUAAAAAAAGGCCGACGGGAUCCCGGCGAGGGCAGAGGUAGAUUUGCACCGACUUUCCUGAUCGGGAAUCACUUUUUGGCCGGAACGACGGGCUCGCUCUCGACGACGGUUGGGUCGGCGGAAGUUGCGCCAACUUUCUUGAUCGGGAAUCACUUUCUGCCGGGAACGUCGGGAUCGCUUUCGACUGCUGGAUCGGCGGAAUCUAUGCUGUCACGUUUUUUUAAGAAACACUUUUCUGGGAAUACCUCAUCUCGGCAGAACCUUGGUGAGAGUAGCAAUCUUGAGAAGAAGAUCGCCAGUCACCGUUGGAUCUGUGGCUCUGCCACAUCGGUCUCUCCAUCGUCAGCAUCUCCCACGGAGCAGGAGAUGGUUCCUGCAUCUUUGGCCGCGUCAGCAUCUCCCACGGACGGAGGAAUCUUCUACUCUGAUGCAGGUCUUGACCGAAUGGCGGAGCAUCGAACUGACACUGCAUGGCUGAAGCGAGCUCUCACUGACGUUGCCACAAAGAGGUUUUGCAGUAGCUGCGGGAGCCGGAUGUUUUCUUCAUGUGCAGGGUUUUCUCUGAAAUGCAGUGGAGAUGGCUGCCGCAUGUCGUCUUACCCUCGUCUGGACCCCGCAGUUAUCAUGCUUGUGACAUGUGGCGAUUUUUUAUUGCUCGGAAGACAGGCAAGGUGGGAUCGUGGAAGGUAUUCCCUCUUGGCUGGAUUUGUCGAGCCCGGAGAAACGAUGGAAAUGGCAGUGCUACGAGAAGUAAAGGAGGAAUCUGGUGUUGACGUGCAGCCUAACUCUGUGAGGUAUGCAGCAAGCCAACCGUGGCCGUUUCCAUCCUCCCUCAUGGUUGGGUUUAUUUCAGAAGUGAAUCCAGGGCCCCUCCUUAAUGCUGUACCUGUCAGCGAACGACCAAGCAGUAUUAUUGGCUAUGGGGACCCUGAGCACGAGCGCAUUGUGAGAGAGCAGGACUGUCUACCUGCAGUUAAUGCUGACUUAACAGAGCUAGAGGAUGUCCGUUGGAUUCACCGAGAUUUCCUUCAUCAGGCAGUCUCUUCUGGAGCAAGCUGGCCAUGGCUUUCAGCUUCCGAAUUCCAUGUGCCUGGGAAGUUUGCACUGGCUCGUGUCAUCAUGGAGAAAUGGCUUUCUGAGAGAUCCAAUGAAGAAGCCUGGGCUGGUUGCCACGUCCCUUGUGUUGAAAUAGACCAAGGUGUUUUCAAGUAUGUGUUACUCAGAGUUUCAAAUGAACAAGGCCAAGAGAAACUGGUAGUGAUUGGUCUGUUCAUUGGUAUAUUAGCCUUCAGCUGCGCUAUCUUGUACUAUGUGAGAGAGGUUGGUUCUUGUUCUGGUCUGCACUUUUACGGAGGAGAAGAAGAGGAGGAGGAGGAGGGAGAAGAAGACGAAGAUGAUGAAGAAGAGGAAGGAGAAGAAGAGGAGGAGGAGGAGGAGGAGGAAGAAGGAAAGGACGAAGAAGAGGGGAGAGAAGAAGAGGAGGAAGAGGAGGAGGGAGAAGAAGAAGAAGAAGAAGAAGAAGAAGAAGAAGAAGAAGAAGAAAAAGAUAAAGAAGAUAACGAAGAAGAGGGAGGAAAAGAAGAAGACUCUGAAGAGGGAGGAGAAGACGAAGAGGACGGGGAGGAAGAAAACAACGAAAAAGAGGGGAGAGAAGAAAAGGAGGAGGAGGAGGAGGAGGAGGAGGAGGAGGAAGAAGAAGAAGAAGAAGAAGAAGAGGAAGGAGAAGAAGAAGAGGAGGAGGAGGAGGAAGAAGAAAAGGACGAAGAAGGGGGGAGAGAAGAAGAGGAGGAAGAGGGGUGGGAGAAGAAGAAGAAGAAGAAGAAGAAGAAGAAGAAGAAGAAGAAGAAGAAGAUAGCGAAGAAGAGGGAGGUGAAGAAGAAGAUAACAAAGAAGAGGGAGGAGAAGAAGAAGAGGACGCGGAAGAGGGAGGAGGAGGAGGAGGAGGAGGAGGAGGAGGAUGAAGAAGAAGAAGAGGAAGGAGAAGAAGAAGAAGAAGAGGAAGGAGAAGAAGAAGAGGAGGAGGAGGAGGAGGAGGAGGAAGAAGAAAAGGACAAAGAAGAGGGGAGAGAAGAAGAGGAGGAAGAGGAGGGGGGAGAAGAAGAAGAAGAAGAAGAAGAAGAAGAAGAUAGCGAAAAAGAGGGAGGUGAAGAAGAAGAUAACAAAGAAGAGGGAGGAAAAGAAGAAGAGGACGCGGAAGAGGGCGGAGAAGACGAAGAGAACGGGGAGGACGAGGAGGAAGAAAACAAUGAAGAAGAGGGGAGAGAAGAAAAGGAGGAGGAGGAGGAGGAAGAAGAAGAAGAAGAAGAAGAAGAAGAGGAAGGAGAAGAAGAAGAAGAAGAGGAAGGAGAAGAAGAAGAGGAGGAGGAGGAGGAGGAAGAAGAAAAGAGCGAAGAAGAGGGGAGAGAAGAAGAGGAGGAAGAGGAGGAGAGAAGAAGAAGAAGAAGAAGAAGAAGAAGAAGAGGGAGGUGAAGAAGAAGAUAACAAAGAAGAGGGAGGAGAAGAAGAAGAGGACGCGGAAGACGGAGGAGAAGACGAAGAGGACGGGGAGGACGAGGAGGAAGAAAACAACGAAGACGAGCGGAGAGAAGAAAAGGAGGAGGAGGCAGAGGAGGAGGAGGAAGAAGAAGAAGAAGAAAAACGCAAGGGAGUUGAAGCAGCAAUGAAAAAAAUAAAAAUAAAAUAAACAGCUAUGUCUAAC